GGUCGGCGCCCCAACCCGGCCGACAGGCCUGCUCCCAGCGACCCCCACGUGGGAGUCCAGCGACAGAAACAUUAGGCCGCCUGCUGGUCCCGUGCGUGUCCCCUCUAAAGCACUAUUCUCUGUUGUCCAAUAGAGCUCCUGUGUCUCAGUUGAAAGAAUAAUGGCGCGUGGGGAACCCGACGUCCUGUGAGGCUGACCUACAUGGGAGAGUUCUGGUUUCUAUCAGGGGACGUCCUUGAGUAGCAGGACACACAGAUGGCCAUGAUUGAGGGGGCGGAGCCGGAUCGUGUUUCCUGCAUCUUCAGGCCGAGCCAGGCCGAGGGGACCCGAGUGGGGCCGAGCCCCGCGGCUUGGCUCUGAGCGGAGGCAGCACGGCGCGCCCCCCUCAAACGCCAGGCCGAACGAGAGAUGACGGCCUGUGCUACGCCGCCCCGCCCGGGUCCUGGGCCGCCUCUGGCCUCGCCCUUCCCGCUGCUGCUGCUCGUGGUGCUGAGCGGCCCGGUGUCCAGCCGCGUACCCCGCUCGGUGCCCAGGACCUCGCUUCGCAUCUCCGAGGCUGACUCCUAUCUCACCCGGUUUGCUGCUCCUCAGGCAUACAAUUACUCUGUUCUCCUUGUGGAUCCUGCUUCCCACACACUUUAUGUUGGCGCCCGGGACGCCAUCUUCGCUUUAUCCCUGCCCUUCUCAGGGGAAAGACCUCGCAGGAUUGACUGGAUGGUUCCGGAGGCUCACAGACAGAACUGUAGGAAGAAAGGCAAGAAAGAGGACGAAUGUCACAAUUUUGUCCAGAUUCUCGCCAUUGCCAAUGCCUCUUACCUCCUCACCUGUGGCACCUUCGCUUUUGACCCGAAGUGCGGGGUUAUUGAUGUGUCCAGUUUCCAGCAGGUUGAAAGACUUGAGAGUGGCCGAGGGAAAUGUCCUUUUGAGCCAGCUCAGCGGUCAGCAGCUGUAAUGGCUGGGGGUGUCUUGUAUGCUGCCACUGUGAAAAACUACCUGGGGACAGAGCCGAUCAUCUCCCGAGCUGUGGGUCGUACUGAGGACUGGAUUCGGACAGAGACCCUGCCAUCCUGGCUUAACGCCCCAGCCUUUGUUGCAGCCGUUGCCUUGAGCCCAGCCGAGUGGGGGGAUGAAGAUGGAGACGAUGAGAUCUACUUCUUCUUUACUGAGACUUCCCGAGCCUUUGACUCGUACGAGCGCAUUAAGGUUCCGCGGGUGGCUCGUGUGUGUGCGGGAGACCUUGGGGGCCGGAAGACCCUCCAGCAGAGAUGGACGACGUUUUUGAAGGCUGACCUAUUGUGUCCCGGGCCUGAGCAUGGUCGGGCAUCCAGUGUCCUGCAGGAUGUGGGUGUGCUUCGACCUGAACUGGGGUUGGGAACUCCUGUCUUUUAUGGCAUCUUUUCCUCCCAGUGGGAGGGGGCUGCCAUCUCAGCUGUCUGUGCCUUCCAACCACAAGACAUUCGGGCAGUGCUGCGUGGCCCCUUCAGAGAGCUGAAACAUGACUGCAACAGAGGACUGCCUGUCAUGGACAAUGAUGUGCCCCAGCCCAGACCAGGAGAGUGCAUCACCAACAACAUGAAGCUCCAGCAGUUUGGCUCGUCUCUCUCCCUGCCUGACCGAGUGCUCACCUUCAUCCGGGACCAUCCACUUAUGGAUAGGCCCGUGUUUCCAGCUGAUGGCCACCCCCUACUCGUCACUACUGACACAGCCUACCUCAGAGUCGUGGCUCACAGGGUGACCAGCCUCUCAGGAGGAUGGACACCUCCACCGAGCAGUGCGAAUCGGAGCCCAGCUGAGCAUCCUAGAGGAUCUGGCCUUAUUCCCAGAGCCACAGCCAGUUGAGAACAUGAAACUGUAUCAUGGCUGGCUUCUGAUCAGCUCCUCUACUGAGGUGACGCAAGUGAAUACAACCAACUGUGGCCGGCUCCAGAGCUGCUCAGAGUGCAUCCUGGCCCAAGACCCUGUCUGUGCCUGGAGCUUCCGGCUGGAUGCGUGUGUGGCCCAUGCUGGGGAGCACCGAGGGCUGGUCCAAGACAUAGAAUCAGCGGAUGUCUCUUCUUUGUGUCCCAAAGAGCCCGGAGAACACCCAAUAGUGUUUGAAGUUCCUGUGGCUACAGCUGCUCAUGUGGUCUUGCCAUGUUCCCCAAGCUCAGCAUGGGCAUCCUGUGUGUGGCAUCAGCCUGGUGGAGUGACUGCACUAACCCCACGGAGGGAUGGGCUGGAGGUGGUGGUGACCCCAGGGACCAUGGGUGCUUACGCCUGUGAAUGUCAGGAGGGUGGGGCAGCCCGCGUGGUGGCAGCUUACAGCUUGGUGUUGGGCAGUCACCGGGGUCCCACAAGCCAGGCUCACACAGUAGGGGCUGGACUGGCUGGCUUCUUCCUGGGGGUUCUUACAGCAUCCCUGACUCUUCUCCUGAUUGGUCGGCGUCAGCAGCGACGGCGACAGAGGGAACUUCUGGCUAGAGACAAGGUGGGCCUGGACCUGGGGGCCCCACCAUCUGGGACCACAAGCUACAGCCAAGAUCCUCCCUCCCCAUCUCCUGAAGAUGAGCGGCUACCCCUGGCCCUGUCCAAGAGGGGCAGUGGCUUUGGUGGCUUCCCCCCACCCUUCCUGCUUGAUCCUUGCCCGAGCCCAGCCCACAUUCGGCUAACUGGGGCUCCUCUAGCCACGUGUGAUGAAACAUCUAUCUAGAGCCAGCAAAUGACCAGUCGUGUGAGGACCCCUGGGAUGGGAUGGCCACUGAGAUGCCAGGGUGACUGAGCCUGGAAGACCGUCAUGGUUUCUCAGUUCUCUUUGGGUCUGAAUGAUCACUUGGACUUUUCGUGUUUGUCCUCUCCAGGCCUGGAUGGGCUUGGAGCCAGGAUUUUGCCUGAUUCCUGAUUCUAAGAGAUCAGAACUGCUUUCUGCACCGAAUCCAGACCUCCCUCCACCUCUGAGCCCCUGACCCUUCGACUCUGGCUCCUCUAUUGGGCCCAUUGAUUUGGGGGAUGGGGCACCAGGCUUUGCUUUCUGGUUUGGCCCUGGCCAGAAGGAAGAAUCAUGGAGGUGGCCCAGGGCUGGUGUGCACCAAAUCCUUGGGGUGGUUUUGCUGAUUCUCCCAGUUUAUCUGAUCCUCUGUGGGGAGUGCAUGAUCCCCACGUUGCAACGUGGAACCUUUGUCCUGAGAUUGCCCCCCCAUCCCACUGAUUCCUUCUUCCAUGAAAGGACAUGUGUAAAUACAUGAGUGUUUGUAGGAGACCUGGCCACAUAUGCAUGGAUGACUGGGCCGGUAUUUAUGUGUAUUUGUAGUGAGGAGCAGGGAAAGUCGGAAUGAGGGCAAUGUCUAUAGAACUGUGGACCCUGUAGCCAAUGAGAAUGGCUGUACUUUCUAAAAGAGAACAGAACACUGCCCCCUCCCCAUUGCCCCACAACCUUUAUCUAAAUUUAAGUACAGAAAAAAGCUCCCAAAGUGACCUUCUGGUGUGGGAAGGGCAGUGGGACACUGCGUGACCCAUCCUUCUCUCUCUUUGCUUUCUGGCUGCCACCACUGCCGUGCCACAGCCGCUUUUCCUUUGGCUGGAGUGUAGGCUGAACUCCCUUUCCUUGGCUCCCAUUGAAAAUUAACUUCACAACAUUCUAAAUAUUAGGGAUGACAAAGGGGGAACAGUCACAGGAAACACAAGUAGUGUAGAGAUAGGUUUGUAUCAGUGACUUUUCUCAGGGUGACACCUCCAUUGGGGUCCAUGGACUCCUGAAAUUGUAUGCAAAAUAUUGUCUGUACACGUGCGUCUGUAUUUUUCUGUGGGGAGGUUGUAUGGCUUUCAUCAGAUUCCCAAGGCCUUAACAGAAUUAAAGGACCACUGCCCUGAGGUCACUGCUCUUGGGCCAAGCCAAGAUGGCGUCACUCUGUGGCAGCUCUUCUUGGCCACACCUUGCCUGUCCUGUGGUCAGUCCCUGGAUUUGUAGCUGCCAGAAGCCCUCCUGUUUGUGCAAUCUUGGAAGCUGGUCCCUGUGUGUGUUUGAAGACACCGUCAACUCUCACUGAACGUCAAGACCUCUUCCUGCUUCAAACUCUCAUGUGCUCUAGGCUUCUCCUGCUCAGUCCUGGUCUUGGCCUGUGAAUGUGCCUCAUUCAUCCCUGGUGAGGGACCCUCUGAAGCUCCAGUGAAUGAUUUAGCUCUUCCCAGCUGGAGUUUUCUGCUCUAUUUCCUUGGCAGCAGCCUGGCAACUACUCAAAAAGAGUCCCCUUGGGUUUGUAAUUAUCAGUGGCUUUGCCACUAGGAAGCGUGUGAUCUUCAGUAAAUAAUCUAACCUAGGGGUGUUUGUUUACUACUUGUAAAGUGGGGAUAAUAAUACCUACCUCAGGGUUGCUGCAAGGAUUAAAUGAGAUGUGUAAACAAUAAAGCACUGUCUAUAUCAGUA